AUGAUUAAAUCAGUAAAAUUACCCAAAAAGUUAUUCAUACUAAAAUUAUUCCUACUAUCAUUAAUAUCAUAUACCGUCAUCAUAUCAUUAACCUCAUUUUUAAACAAACAACCUAUCAUAACACAAUAUAAAAACAAUAUCAAUCGACAACUUAAUUUGAAAUUCUCAGUAUGGAGGAAUAAUUUCUUGACUACUGAUUUUAACCUUGAAUCAAAUGAAAAAUUCUUACAAGAAUUACAUGAAGCCAAACAUGAAGAAAUUGAAAAAGAUAAUGAUUUAUGGUAUUUAAGAGAUAAUAUAGAAUCAAAAUUACCCUUAACAUUGGAUAUUCCCAAUUAUUAUAAAAAGGAUAUUUUAAUGAAACCUCUAAUACAACCAUUUGAUCCAAGAUUUACUUUAAGUGUUUACUUCAAAUAUCUUUCCAGUUUCACAGACAAAGAAGAUGUACCGUUUCAUUGGUCAGAUUGGGUGGAUUUAUCGAAAUUAAAUAAAUUCAUCUUAAACCCCAAACAACCCGAUUUAAAUAUUUGUGCAUCGUUAUUUAAUAUCUCCACCUCAACUGAAGAAUCCAAUCUUUGGCAAGUAUAUGAUUAUUGUCAAUUUGAUACUGAUAGUCUUUUAGGAUUUAAAAUUAAUCAAUUCACUGGACCUCAAAAUUUAGAAAAUAGAGAAUUAUUAGGAAAAGCUUUUCUUUAUAGUUUUGCUCCAUCUCCUACCAAAAUCAUCUUCUUAACUAAUGAUGAUAAAUUAGAUUCAAUUGAAAUUAAUGUAAAACAACAUGAAAUUAAUUCUGUGGAAUCGUCAUUAUUAAAUAAUGGUAUUAUUAGAUUAUUAACAUCUAAGAAAUUAAUCAAACAUACCAUUAAUCUUGCUGAUUCCUUCCGAUCAUUCAUUCAAACCAGAUCGAAACCAGCCGCUAAAAUCGAUGCAUUAAACGAUACUCAUAUAACGUUAGUUGAAAAGGAUUUUGACUUCUCCACUAAAGACGUUGAAGAUUUCUUAAACCAAGACUAUACCUCUCUCAACACUAUGGAUAAGAGCUACUAUAGGUCUUUAGAAUAUUCCAAGACUUUAGAAGAUCCCCCUAAAUAUUUCGGUGAAGCGAAAUUAAUCAUAGAAGUAGGGAAUCGAGGAUAUGGAGAACAUUACGAUUGGAGAUUCUUUAAUGGAUUGAUUGUGGAACAUGAAGAUCAAUUAUUAAGUUUACAUCGAUUAUUAAAGAAUUAUCUUAAUUUCUGUCGUAAAAAUGGGAUUGUAACUUGGGUAGCUCAUGGAUCUUUAUUAAGUUGGUAUUGGAAUGGAAUGGGAUUUCCCUGGGAUAAUGAUAUUGAUGUUCAAAUGCCUAUUGUUCAUUUACAUAAAUUAGCUCAAUGUUAUAAUCAAACCUUAAUAGUGGAGAAUACCUUAGAUUCCAAAGAUGAAUUCGAUGGAAUGGGUCGUUAUUUCGUUGAUGUUGGUAGUUCUAUCACUUAUAGAAAAGCUGGAAAUGGAAAUAAUAACAUCGAUGCAAGAUUCAUUGAUAUUGAUACUGGAUUAUACAUUGAUAUCACAGGAUUAUCUGAAACUGAUGAUCUAGCUCCAAGUAGAUAUGAUGUUUUAAUUGAUUUAGAUCCUAUCAUGAAGAAAACCAUUGAUGAUUCUCGUAAUGAUAAAGGUGAAGUAGAUCAUUAUGUGAAGAAUAAACAAUUGAAGGCAUUCAAUGAUCGAAAUCAUCAUUUUAAUACACUUGAUGAAUUAUCUCCUUUAAUUAAAGUGGUAGUUGAAAAUCAAAUCAGUCAUGUUCCUAAGAAUUUCUUAAUUCCUUUAAAUAAUGAAUAUGAUAUUAAAUCAAUUGCGGAAAAGAAUUAUAAAGAUUAUAUAUAUCUUAAUAAUUUACGACUUUGGACUAAGACUCAAUUAAUUUUGGAUUAUUUUAAAGAGAUUGGGAGACCUACUGAAUUAUGGAUUUCGAAACAAUAUAAGAAAUAUCAACAAUCUCAAAAAAAGGAAAAACGAUUAGUGGGUGAAUAUGAAAAAUUACAAAUUAAUAAAUUAACUAUGGAAGAUAAUUUAAAUUUAUUACAACGGAAUAAUCAAUUUUUAAAAGAAUUCUGGAAAACAAAAGAUACCACCAAAUUCCAUGAGGUUGAAAUGAAUCAAAUUGAAAAGGGGGGAGUUCAUGAAUAUAAUGUCGAUAAAUUAAUCGAUCAUUAUAAGGAUACCUUACCUAAUUUACAUAUUGGAGGAGCUUUAAAACCAGAUUUAUUUAUGAAUAAAGUAUAUCAUGAUGAAAAGUAUUUUGAUUUCAAUAAUCGUAUAGAUGAGAUAUUGAAAUUAACCAAACAAUAUAUCGUUGAUUCUGAAGAGGAUUUACAAAAGGAACUGAAAUCUGAAAGGGAAAAAGUUACCAAGGAAGAGAAGGCGAGACAAGAAUCUCAAAUUAAAGAAAAGGAAACAAAAUGGAAACAACAACAGAAGGAAAAAGAGAUGAAAGCUGCUGCUGCAGUAGCUAAAUCUCCAUAA